CUCAAAUCGCAGAGCUGUGACUACACGAAGCCGCUAGUGCUAGGACAGUGAGGACCAGGAGCUGUGACUUGCUCCGGCUCCGAGUAGUCCGGGAGGUCCGGGUAGUCUCGCAGUCCAGUCAUGUCGGAUGAAGAUAGACAGAUUGAGCAGUGGAAGGUGAAGCGGUUGGUGAAGAUGUUGGAUGCUGCUCGAGGCAAUGGCACCUCAGCGAUCACUUUGAUUCUCAACGCCAAACAGGAUAUCAACUUGACCAACAAGAUGCUGACCGAAGAGUAUGGCACGGCAUCAUGCAUCAAGUCCCGUGUCAACAGGCUGUCCGUUUUGUCCGCCAUCACGAGUACCCAGCAGCGCUUGAAGAAGUACAACCGCACUCCACCCAAUGGCCUCAUCAUCUUUUGCGGUGAGGUUCUCACAGAGGACAACAAGGAGAAAAAAUUGACCAUUGAUUUUGAGCCCUUCAAACCGAUCAACACUUCGAUGUAUUUGUGUGACAGCAAGUUUCACACAGAGCCUCUAGCAGAGCUCAUGGAGGAUGAUGACAAGUUUGGUUUUUUGAUCAUGGAUGGAAAUGGCAGUCUCUUUGGCACCGUGCAGGGCAAUCACCGUGAAAUCUUGCACAAAUUCACCGUCGAGCUGCCCAAGAAGCAUGGCCGUGGAGGACAGUCUGCUUUGCGUUUUGCCCGGUUGCGACUGGAGAAGCGUCACAACUACGUGCGCAAAGUUGGAGAGACCGCAACACAGAUGUUCAUCCCAAAUGGAGAGACUCCAAACAUCAAGGGCCUUAUUGUGGCUGGUUCGGCUGAGUUUAAGCAGGACUUGACCACCAACACAGACUUGUUUGACCAGAGACUCGCAGCCAUCGUAAUCCCUCCACUGCUUGAUAUUAGCUAUGGGGGUGAGGCUGGAUUCAACCAGGCAAUUGAAUUGUCUGCUGAGACGUUGAAAAACGUGAAAUUUGUGCAGGAAAAAAAACUUGUGACCAAAUUCUUGGAUGAAGUUGCCACAGACUCUGGCAAGUACUGCUUUGGCAUCCACGACACGAUGCAAGGUUUAGAAGCUGGAGCAGUAGAAACUCUCAUCAUUUGGGAGCAGCUUGAGAUCAAAAGACUUGUGAUUCGCAAUCCUCACACUGACACAGAGGAGGUGAAGUUUGUGACACCAGAACAGGAAAAGGAUCCCAAGCUCUAUGUUGACAAAGACACCAAUGUUGAACUCAAUGUCACCGAGAAUGAAGCUUUCUUGGACUGGAUAGUGGUGAACUACAAGAACUUUGGAACAAAACUCGAAUUCAUCUCUGACCGGUCGCAGGAGGGAAACCAAUUUGUGAAAGGCUUCGGUGGUAUUGGUGGGCUCAUGAGAUACCAGUUGGAGUUUGACAUGUUGGAACCUGACGUGGCAGGCUCAGACAGCGAUGAUGACUUCAUGUAAAAUUCGAAGAACUCAGAGGUUGUGAACAAUGCGGCGUGCAACGACAAGUGAGUGUGAAAUAGCGCAACAUAGUGCAACAAUUGAGUGUACUCAAGUGAGACACUAGUCUUGACUAGUGAGGACUCAACUAGUCUUGCAGUCUUGCGGAAGGCGUGUUUGCUCAGCACAUUAAGCUGUAAAUGGAACAACAUUGAAAUGCUUUGCAAAGUCGUAG